CAUAUAACACACAAGACUGUUGAAGGUGUCAUCAUGUGGCCCAAGACAAUUACAAUGGAGUUAUUGUUGGAUGUUAUAGUAAUUCUGAGUGUGGCUACAGCAGGAUUGAGCGUGACACCAAGUUUCAAUGUGUUACAAUAUGGAGCAGUUGGAAAUGGACAAACCAACGAUUCACCGGCGUUUGAGAAGGCGUGGAAAGCAGUGUGUUCGAGCAAGGGAGAUAUAUCUAAGCUUAUAAUACCAGCAGGGAAGACCUUCAUGCUAAAGCCUCUUUCCUUCAACGGUCCAUGCAAAUCUAAGUAUACCUAUAUUCAGGUGUUAGGGAACAUAGUUGCACCUAAAACAAAAUCGGAAUAUGCUGGGUCCCACAUAAACACGUGGCUUGGGUUUAAUUCAGUGGAUGGUCUAAUUAUCAGUGGAAAAGGGACAAUUGAUGGUCGAGGUUCUAUCUGGUGGCAACAGCCUUGCUUGGGAAAUCCAGCACCUGGGACAAAAUGUCGUCCACCAACAGCAAUAACACUGAAUAGAUGCAACCGGUUUCAAUGGAAAGGAUUGACUAGUCUUAACCCGGCAAGAAGCCAUAUAACUCUAACAAGCUGCAACGGAGGCACUCUCUCUAACCUGCGACUCAUUGCUCCGGGAACAAGCCCCAACACCGAUGGCAUUGAUAUUUCUGGUUCUACCAACAUUAAAGUCCUUAAUUCUUACAUUGCAACCGGGGAUGACUGUGUUGCUAUUAGUGCUGGAUCCUCACACAUCAAAAUAUUUGCUAUAACAUGCGGUCCAGGCCAUGGUAUCAGCAUUGGAUCACUGGGAACAAGAGGUGAAACCGACAUUGUAGAGGACGUGCAUGUGUAUAAUUGUACUUUGACUGAAACAAUGACUGGAGUAAGGAUCAAGACUUGGCAGGGUGGAGCUGGAUAUGCCAGGAAUAUCACAUUUGAGAAGAUUAAGUUUGUUCGUGCCAAUAGCCCCAUUAUCAUUGACCAAUUUUAUUGCCCUAAUAGGGUGGACUGCCAAAACAAGACUCAAGCGAUUAGAGUGAGCGAUGUAACAUACAAAGGAAUUAUUGGAACAUCAUUGAUGGAUGAAGCGAUCAAUUUGAGUUGCGACCAAAACGUGGGAUGCUACAAUAUUGUGCUUGAUCGUGUGUAUAUACAGCAUGCGGUUCCAGGGAGGAAAGUGUAUUCCUUUUGCCACAACGCCCAUGGAACUGCCUCCCACACCAAACCUGCCGUCAAAUGCUUGCUCAAGUGA